AUUUGAAUUAGAUUGUUAGCAGGAUAACAAAGUAGAUAAAUUGGCUUGUAGCUGGAAAAUGGGAGGAUACCGCAUUUCGAAGGGGACUAAUGCACUUAUAAAUAAGAGGAAGAAGGUGAAGGAUCUACUGUUCACAUUAUUUCCAGCAGGAAUGCACAUCGGAAGCUGUGCAGAGCAACCGGUUGAAGAACAGCAUGUUGCUGUUGCCCAGGUAUUCAUCAGAGAGCAAUGGCAGCGGCAGGCUUGUUCUAUUUGUAUGAAAAGCCCUCAACUAAGGCUUUUCCUACAAAAUUCUCUGGAGGACCAUGGCAAUGACAGGAAAUUGUACCCAUCAUAUUUUGUUCUUUUUGUAUGCAGAUCUCUCAAAACUUCUGCUUCUCCUACAAAAUUUCCAGCUUAUUUUGUCUACUCUGCCUAAGGUAAAAUGCCAAAUAGAACAAAUGCCACAGCUAAAGAUUGAACAAUUCCAACAC